CUGGCAGCCAGCGCCGCUGCUGUGCGUGCGUUUUCCCUUAGUCCAAAAGAAGCCAGUGAGCUGUGCUCAUGGAGGGUCCACGUGUUUCAGCCUUUGCUGUUUUUCAUAAGGAGUUCCAGAGGCAGGUUAGUUAGAAGAGUCUGUAUUAAAAUGGCUAUUUAGCUGUAUGUGGAUUACUAUAUACAGUGUGAGUUUACUGGGUUCCAGGAUCAGAAUACCAUAUACCUGAGAUAGCAGCAUUGUAUGCUACAUUGUAUAUCUACUGCCUUCUCUGCAGCUCUGUCUGUGUAACCUUACUGUCUGAUUACACUCUGUUCUGUACAACAUUGACUAAUAUUGCAAACACUGCUCCCCUGACUUUAGAAGCUCCACAAUAUUAUUAUAUACUAUAAUGUUUGGUAUCACUUCCUCAAUACUUAGAGGAUCUGUGGAGCAAGGAGCUUAUCACCUAUUAUGUAUAUAUGUAUUGUAAUUGUUUUAGAAGGGUUUUUUUUUUUUUUUUUUUAAUGACAGCAUUAUGUACUGUGCUGUCCCUAUGCAAUAACACAGCAUGCAAAGAACAUAUGCUAACGCUGAAUAAAUAUAAUAUACGUAGAUUUAUCAGGAAUUAAGUGGUGCCGCAGAUCGUGGGAAUGUGUUUUCAAAAACUGACCAAUUGUGUUUUAUCCAAUCAGGAUCUACAAAGCACAAAAUCUUUGUCAAUUUUUAUACAAAACUCACUUUUUAAAAAUUUUAUUUUAGUAUUCUCCCUAUUAUUAUAUUGAGCUAAUGUAAACUGAAGCACUGUACAAUAGUAAUGUGCACAAAAAAAGACAAUCUAAAGGAAUUCCUGCUGAUAGAAGCGUACAGUCUGAAGUAAGUGUAACUGUUAUUGUGUCUUUCAGGAAGGUGUUGUGAAGAAGAGCAAACAUGCAAUUUCAAAGCCAUCGCAGAAACACAAACUGUUGAAGAAGAAAAGGAAAUUUUUGUCAUCUGGACCUGAAACCAAUGCGAGCAGCUUACCUGCCCUCGAAAAUGUAAACGAGAUUGAAGAAGCGAAUGGAGAGGUGUAUUGUGUCAAUUCAAAGAAAGGAAAACAUUCUAACAAAAAAGUUAAAAAGCUUAAUACACCUGCAAAAAACAAAAUACUGAAUACUUCAGUGACCACGGUAAUAUACAUUUAUUUAUAUAUUUUACUUUGAAUUCUGGAAUAAAAGUUGCCUGGUGUUAGUCAGUGGCGGAUCCAGAGCCUGAUCUCGGGAGGGGCACUUGUAGAUUAUUUAAAUAAAUAAUCCAGGCACAAUAACCACUACAGCUCAGUGUAGUAGUUAUGGUGUCAGUAGUUCCAGGAUUCCACCCCAGAGUAAGUAGUCAUACCGUUUAAGAACAGUUUGACAACUUACCUGGGGUCUGCUGGGAUAUAGGGUAUAGGAGCAGUGGUGUGUGUUAAGGGUGAAGUGUGUGAGUGCGGCAGUGUAUGUUAGGGUUGCAGUGUAUGUAUGGGGGCACUGUAUGUGUUUUUGGGGCAGUGUGUGUAUGGGGGACAGUGUUUGUGGGGCAGUGUGUGUGUAUGGGGGGCAGUGUGUGUGUAUGGGGGGCAGUGUGUGUGUGUGUGCGAGGGGGCAGUGUGUGUGUAAUGGGGGGCACUGUGUGUAUGGGGUGAGGGAAGGAGGCUUUUUAAUAAUAUUUUUUUUUUUUAUUUAAUAAAAUAAAUAUUCUAUGUCCCCCCUCCCUUCUUACCUCUACUGGGGGGUAGGGGGGACAUUUCUUGGUGCCUGGUGGUCCGGUGGGGAUUCAUUGGUGGUCAGGUGGUCAGAGUGAACUCUAGCCCGCGCUCCCGGGCUAGAGUUCACUCUCGUGAGAUUUGGAGCGUUGCCGUGGUAACCGCGGCAACGCUCCAAAUCUCGAGAGAGGAGGACCCGGAGGAGCUGCAGGCUGAGCUCCUGGGUCCUCUCUCCUCCGUUUCCCUCCCCUGCCGGCUGUCAGCACGGUGCCUGCGGACCGGGGAGGGAGAUCUCUCAUCUUCCCCCCCCCGGUCCGCAGGCACAUUGCAGGGCUGGCACUUGGGCAAUGCCAGCCCUGCGUUAGCCGGCAGGGGGGAAUCUCGGGGGGGGGCAAUUGCCCUGUUGCCCCGGAUCCGCCAAUGGUGUUAGUAGUGGCUUUUUCCAAUUUUAAAAAGAGUGCUUUAAAGGGAUACUAUAGGCACCCAGACCACUUCUUCUCAUUGUCCCUGUCCCCCUUAGUCCUGGAAUGUAAAUCAGUGCAGUUUUAGAGAAACGGCAAUGAUUACAUUGCAUAACUAAGACUGCAUUUAGUUAAUGUCAUUCAGACAGCCACUAGAGACACCUACUGCUUGCUAGGCGACGUUUGGUUGCCUGAUACUGUACAUCCUCAUCCAGCGUCCGUUAAAUCCCCACAGGAAAGCAUAGAAGCAAUGUUUCGCUAUGAGUAGGACCUAAUACCCAUCUUGUGAUGUCGGAGGAGGCAGAGUGUUAAACCAGCGCGGGGAGGGGGGCAAAUUGGCAUGAUAGUGUUAGGAAUACGCUUUUGUGUUCUUAAUGUUGAAACACAAAAGUUCCUUUAACACAUUAAGGACACGUGACCUGUCAUGAUUCCCUUUUAUUCCAGAAGUUUGGUCCUUAAGGGGUUAAAGGAACACUAUAGUCACCUAAACAACUUUUAUAUUAAUUAAGCAGUUUUAGUGUAUAGAUCAUGCCUCUCAGGUUUUACUGCUUAAUUCACUGCCAUUUAGGAGUUAAAUCACGGUUUCUUUUUAUGAAGCCCUUGCCACACCUCCCCUGGCUCUGAUUGGCACAGUCUGCAUGAAAAAAAAACUGGUUUCACUUUUAGUCAGAUUUAAUGUAAAAUUUUUAUCUCUUGCUCUGUAAAUUGAACUUUAAUCACAUAUAGGAGGCUCUUGCAGGGUCUAGCAAGUUAUUAACAUAGCAGGGGAUAAGAAAAUCUAAAUUAAACAGAACUUGCAAUAAAGAAAAAGGAUAAACUUUAGAUGACUCUCUACAGGAAGUGUUUAGGAAGGCUGUGCAAGUCACAUGCAGGGAGGUGUGACUAGGGUUCAUAAACAGUGAUUUAACUCCUAAAUGGUAGAUAAUUGAGCAGUGAGACUGCAGGGCAUGUUCUAUACACCAAAACUGCUUCAUUAAGCUAAAGUUGUUUUAUGUGACUAUAGUGUCCCUGAUAUUUAAAUUAUUGGCUAUUUCUCACAUCGUAAACUAAUCGCAAUAGCCUAGUUUUUUAAACUAAUUUAAACCUUUUCUUCUGUCUCACCGCAAAGUGACCAAACAUUUGCCAAACCAACCUUUAUUAAAGGUAACCUUGUGCACCAUAACCACUGCAACACAUUGUAGUGGUUAAAGAGCAACGAUACCUUAUGUGUCAUCCCUGGUUUCUAUCAAAACCAUUUUUGAGUGGUUUGGAGGGUGAGGGGAGAACUAGGUUUACCCUGGGAUCCAAAGCCCAGCUUCUCUGCAGCCACUCAGACAUUACAGAUACAGAAUAUCAUUUCUGGUUUAUCUGUCCAAAACAUCCAAUCUUGGACAGCAGUGGAAAGCUGCUUAGCCCAGUGCUCACAGCCCUUUCUUCCGUCAAAAGUUGGAUGGCUUUGAAUAGAUCACAUGAAACUGUAACGUUCACAUUUUCCAAGCAGUUAAAGACAGACCAGGCCUUGGGUUCUGGCAGGAGUCACAGUUUUUGUCAAAUAGUUUAAAAAAAAAUUUGACAAAAAUCUGUUAACGGCAGCCAAAGACUCAAUGCACCAUCACUUGCAUAGUGGAUAUGGUUUUUGGAGUGCCUUUCAAAGACUUGUCUAGUGGCAGAUAGCACUCGGUGGUGCGUUUUGCAUGCGUUACUAGGACAAUACAUUUUAUUUGUUAAACUGGCCUUUGCAUAUAUUUUCAUGAUCCAUAAUUCAAUGUUGUGAUUGCUUUCUAAUUAAAAUAUUCCUGUAUGGUAUGCAGGAUUAUCUACUAGUUCUCAUACAUGGCCCAAAAUCCCUUAACUGCAACUAUGAAUUAUGUAUUAUUAGUUUGAUUUUAUGCUUUUAAGAUUCUAUUGUCAGGUAAGUCCAACAUCUUUUAUUUUUUGCUAAGGUCGUAAGGACUGGAAUUCAAAACUGCUGAAGUUUUAAUAUAUUCUUUGAGAUGUAUAUGUAACUUGUAGGGGAGAUCAGAUGUUAAUAUUUAUAUUUUGCUACAGGAUGUUGAGAGCAGCAGCAAACAGCAUGUUGGACCUCCACUUCUCAGUGUGUUACAAGAUCUCGGCAAGAUUCAGAACAGCAGAGACAGAGCAGUGACUCUCUUCGAGUGGCUGUUAUCUCCCAUUAAACCUGCAGACUUUUUCAGGUAUGCUAUUCAUUGCCAUUUUACCUGCAGUCUCUUAGAAUGGACUCACAUCAAGUGAACCCCAAUAUUUAUUUUUUUUACUGGUAAAUAAUUUUGAUAUUUUCAUUGUUCGAAAAUACCUUAUUGCAAAAAUGGGUAAUUAGAACCUUUAUCUGUUGUUUAUCAUUCUUUAGACACUUAACCCUGUAUACCAAAAUAAAAGCUUCUUCAUAUUUAUGACCUUCUUUACCUCUCUAAUUGUAAAGUGCUUUCGAAUAUGUUGGUGCUAUAUAAAUAACAAUAAUAAUUUAUUUGCAACUAAGUCAAUUGUAAAGCUGAAAACACACGAACCAGCAGAUAGCUACAUUUUGAAUUCCAAGUACAGCAGGGGAGCUAGAUCAAAGUGUUCCGUUCAAAAAAGUGGUGCAGAUAAAUAAUAAAGGGAGUGGAGUCACCAUUAGAAUGUGUCUGCUGGUUUCCAUAGUGAUUGCACCAUAGUGAAUAUUAUCGCCUAGCUAUGUACCUGUAUAGACACCCAUCCGAUGUAGUUGUCCCACUGGUUCAGUUGCGUUUACACUCACUGCAACCUGACUCAACGGAAACCAUGGCUAGAAUGGCAUCAAAAGUGUAAAGGACUACUAUAGGCAGAGACCACUUCAGCUCAUUGUAGUAGUCUGGGUGCCGGGACCCACUAGUUUUAACCCUGCAGCUUAAAACAUAGCAGUUUCCUGUAGGGUUAAUCCAGACUCUAGUGGCUGUCUCGCUUACAGCCACUAGAGGCCGCUUCCGCGAUUCUUCUCACUGUGAAAAUCAGUGAGAAGACACUGACGUCCAUAGGAAAGCAUUGAGUAAUGCUUUCCUAUGGGCAUUUUUAAUGCGCGCAUUCGGCUCCACUUGGGAGCCAACGUCGGAAGGGGAGGAGAGGUCACCGGCGCUAGAGAAAUGUAAGUGGCUGAAGGGAUUUUAACCCCUUCAGCCCAGUGGGGGGGGGGACCUAGGGACUACAUAGUGCCAGGAAAACGAGUAGUGGUCCUUUAAUAUUUCUCAUGGAAAUGCUGCUUGGUUACUUGAAAGCCUACAUUUUGGUAUCUGAGAAGGCAAUCCAUUAUAUACGUCUAACUCCUGUGUCAGAGAUGUUGCUGUAUUUACUUGCAGAAUCCUGCCACCAGUUGAAGUGUAUGUAUUUUGGAGUGAUGGAAUGGUAUGCUAAAGUUUACGUUUUUAAUUUCAUCGUGUGGAAAUUCUGUCUUUGUGUCUAUACUCCCUUACUAUAGUAGGGUUAAGCCUGUGCCAUUUUUAUAUUGAAAUCUGUGAGUUUAAAAAAAAAAAAAAAAAUCUCUUCCUGUUUCUAUUUACCAUAUUUUAUACAUUAAUCUGGCAAGGUCUCCACAUUCAGUAAAUUGUUACCAGCCUCCCAGCAGUCUCAAAGAUUCCCCUAUUCUAGUAUUUGUCUUAAUACUUCUGAUCUGAUAGUAGACAUAUUCAUAUUUUCCAUUUUUAUUCUAGGGAUAUUUGGGAAAAAAAACCUGCUCUUAUUAAACGGCACAACAACAGCUAUUACAGUGGAUUAUUUUCCACAUCGGAAUUUGACCGGAUCCUUCGAGAUGUGAGUUUAAGCAGCUGUAUUUAUUUUGACCCAUGUAUUGCAUCCUGCAGGGUCGAAACUUGACUCUUAACUUCAUCAGUAAAACCAUUGGUACGAGGAUUUGCUAGAAACCUUGUUUACUCUGAUUGUUCUCAAAAACAAAAUUUACGUUAAAAUAGCCCAGCUACAACGGAUUUGAAUAUUUUUCCAAAUUGGUUAUAUUGGCCUAAAGUUUAUAUUCUGGUUUUUAGUUCUCCAUUGUUCAGUGUUUACUGAAUAAACACUUGAGUUUUCAACACAGUUUAACUUAAAUGCUCUUCUAAGCAUCAAAAUAACUUUUUAUAAUUGAAACGUUUAUGGCACUGGGAGUAUCCUGCAAACGCUCUUCAUUCUUAUAAAUGGCCUUCUUCCUUGACUUAUAAAUGCAUCAACGUGUAUUAUUCAUCUGACACAGAAAAUACGUUUUUUAACUUCUUGCUGUUAGUUUUGUCCAAAUUGUACGUAUGGUGCACGUGCAAUGUUGCUUGAGUAGUCACUACACAUAGUUCAGUUCAUAAAAGCAUGAGCCAGGCUUUGUAAAAGCUAGUAGCAGUUACAAUACACGUGCUUUCCGUUUAAUGAGACGUUACACAUUCUCAGUAGCGAUACUUGUUAAAUACAAUCAUGUUUUAUAGGUUUUUAAAAAGAUGGGUCAGUAUUUGAGAUUAUGUGAACUAUAAAACAGAGGUCAGAGUGCCUUGCUUAACAUCUAACAUACUUUCCUUUAUGUUUUGGAUGUAGGAUAAUGUGCAGUUUGGUGUUAACCUGGAUGUCACAAGUUAUACUGAUGGGAAACGAGAAACCCAUAAUCCUCCUGGCCGAGCGCUGCCACUGGUUGUGUGGGACUAUUUUAGGGUAAGUAUAAGCAUCCUUUCUGCUUGCAUGAACUGAUUCCUUCCUUACUUGAAAUGCUGGCACCGGGUAGUCUCAUGCAGUAGUAUGUGGAUCUAACUCAUACCGUGUCCCAAUAUCUUACUACUACCUUUACCUAUAGUAUCUGGGUAUUAGUGUUGCCUGGGUUUUGUAUUAAAGUCUCGGACAGAGUCUCCUAUCUUGGUCUCCUUUUUCUCCAUGUUUGAUAGUUUUUAUAAAAUUCAAAUAUUUUUAAUCUUCUUUCGUGUUGGUCUGUGUGUACUGUACGGCUUUGUUGUUGUUUUUUUAAUUGGUUUUUGUUUUCCCCAAUUGCAUAGCGGUGCGUAAUAUGUUUGCACUUUAUAAAUGCCAGUAAUAAUAAUAGGUUAUUUCUAAUCUACUUAUGAUCGCUCUGACAGUAAUUGACUUACUCAAGGUCAAAAUAGCUGAACUGUAAAAAUGCUCUGUCAGCUAUGCUUUCAGUUCACCCACUUGAACCUUAAAUUUGAAGUUCUUGUUCAAUUUUUACAGUGAAUUAGUCUGCUAAACCUUUUAACUUAGCUUGGGAAGAAUAUGGUAUGUACUUUAAAAAAAAAAACUGCAAUUGAAUUCACCCAUCUAGCCAGAGUUAGUUUCUUUUUAUCAAUAGAGUAGUCCCAAGCUUUGUCCUCUGUACCUGUGUCCAGAUCUGUGUUACUGUAAAUUAUUAGUUUUCGAGCCUUCUGGUAAUGCUAAGUUUGCAAGAAGAGCGCUCAUUAUUGCUUUUUAUUCCUGUCUGUUUACAGAAUGGGUGUUCGCUGAGGUUGCUAAAUCCCCAGGCAUUUUCGCACACAGUGUGGAACUUCUUAUCAGUCCUGCAAGAGCUCUUUGGAAGCAUGGUUGGGAGCAACACGUAAGUCUGGAUGGCCCAAAAAGAAAAUGCUUACUUCUUCUUUUAAAUGUUCAGAAUGUAUUCUUUGGGGGUUUGUUCUUGUCACUUGGUAUAUAAGAUAGAACAUUUCAUCCCUACACAACUGUGUAUUCAUAGAUUAAAUAGAAAACUAUACUUCUGUUUCAAAACAAAUUUUUACUCUCCAAUAAUGUUUCUGAAAAUGUUUCAGCAGAAACCAUACAUACUCGUUUUCCUGGCUCUGUAGGGUCCUUUGGUCCCCCUCACCCUCUGGGCCCCCCUCCCGCCGGGCUCUAGGGUGAGGAAGGGGUUAAUCCCUUACCUUUUUUCCAGCGCCGGGCUCCCAGUCAUCAGCUGAACACGCAUGUGCGUCACGAACCGCGCACGCAUUCAGCCAGUCUCAUUGGAAAGCAUUCUCAAUGCUUUCCUAUGGACGCUUGCGUCUUCUAACUGUGAAAAUCACAGUGGGAAGCGCCUCUAGCGGCUGUCAAUGAGACAGCCACUAGAGGCUGGAUUAACCUAUUUGUAAACGUAGCAAUUUCUCUGCUAUGUUUACAGCAGAAAGGGUUAAUCCUAGAUGGACCUGGCACCCAGAUCACUUCAUUAAGCUGAAGUGGUCUGGGUGCCAAUAGUGGUCCUUUAACUAGUUCCAUGUAAUAUGUUUUUUGACCUAUUAAAGGAGUCAUUUGGUUUGUACAAUCUUUUUCCUUUAAUUGCAGCUACCUGACACCUGCAGGUACACAGGGAUUUGCCCCACAUUAUGACGAUAUCGAAGCAUUUGUGGUUCAGCUGGAAGGGAAGAAACACUGGAGAGUCUACAAGCCCAGGCAAGUGUUUAAUUUGUUCAAAUAAACGAUGGAUUCUAUCUAGUGUUACGAUUUGCCAAAAUUCUGGGAACUGUGGGUUGUUCUUGUUUUCCUACAUAGCACAAUUAUAGAAUUUAAUUUUUCAUGAAUUUACAAAUAUCCAUUCCCAAAUACCAUGUAAAUUGAGGCAUGUCACUAGUUUGACUAUUAUUAAAAUUGGAAGAAAAAAAACAAAAGUAGAUUUUUUUUUUUUUUUUUUCCAAGGCUGUUUGCUGCCAGAAACACAAACAGCAGUUACCAUUCUGAGAAAUGUCCGGUCCCUACAGUGUGGCUAUUCCAGUGUCAUCUUUGUCUUGCUACACACGGGUUUAUACGUUAGUGAAUCUGAACACUCACCAUGUGCAGUACUUCCUGCAAGUUGACCUCAACAUAACCUAUUCAAUAAAGCUGGAAGCAUUUGAUGGUAAAUGAACUAAAUUCAAUAAGUAGUAUUAGAAAUAACUAAGCAGGGAAGGGGGGCCGGAGCUUGACUGACAUGCUGGAUAGUUGCAGUAAGUGUGUGCUCCUCUGCAAUCUCAUUAUAAAAGCCACUAAGGGGCAAAUUUUCCUUGAAUAUUGACUUAAGCUUAUAUGUACAUGAGUCUGGUGCCCACUGGGCAACCUUAUUGUGAGCUAAAUAUACUACAGAAGCUACAGCCGAGGAAGUCCACUCUCCAUGGAUCGGUGAGGGUUGUCCCUGUCCCCCACCAAGCACACUCUUUCCUUUUGGCGACUCUUGGCACAAUCAUGAAAUAUAGCUUCCACGUGAAUCAACCCACUCCAAUCACUGCCUAACUGCUAAUCAACAGCGGUGCUUCAAUUUUGGGCCCCAUUCCUGGGCAGGGAACUCCAACGAAUUUUACAUGCCUGGGAGAUCUCUCGCUGACCAGCACUCUUUCAGAGCCAUACUCUGGCUAUAAGGAGCAUGGCCCGUGGACAUUGUGUGCUGGUUCCUAUUAACACCCAGGACUGGAGUGGUUCUGACCGGCGACACGGACGGUACCGAACAUGCCCUACACCUCUCUGGGGACUAUACAAUAAUUUAUUUUUCAGGCAUUUGCAUAUGCUGAAUGGGCUGACUUUGUGGGGUCACUUAAUAUAAUCAGGGCUGUCAGGCUAUGGCUUUCUAACAAUUAACACCGUAUAUGCUACCCCACAAUUGAUUAUUGCGAUUUUCUAUAUUGUCACUCGUUAUGUUUUUGUUGCUGUACAUACGUGCCAGUCACAGCAUACACCCUGAGCCCAGCAUUCUGUCUGCUUGGUGGGUUUACUUAGCUUACGCUUAAUAGAAUGCUAAUUUUGUUACAUUUUAAAAUGCAAAAUGAGCUUUCCUCUUCGAAUGAGUGGGAUUUACAAUUGGAUUACGGUGCAUUCGUUAUAGAGUCUAUUGAUCUUAGAUAUGCCAACAUGACACUAUGAUAUGUUUUGUAUGUCUUAUCUGUUCAUACCACUGCUGCUGAUAUUUUGUGUAAUUACGACAUGUCCUGCUCCUGUACGGAUCUCGCUAUAUUCUGUCGGUGUUGUAGGCUUGCUGUAGACCUCAAUAAAAAAAAUAUUUUUUUAAAAGAAAAUAGUAAUAUCCAGAAGGACCCUGUAUAAUAACCCAUACUACUCAAGAACUUCAUGUUUGUUUUAAUGAUAAUACCGAGCCAAAGGGGAGAGGCAUCCAGCAAUUUCUCCCAGUGCCUGGCCCAUGGGAUUAUGAGCCUAUGUGCAGGGACCCUUGAAAAUCUUCCUAGUCAUCAGUUCCCAUUAAAUAACAUUGCAUUUGUGCAUGCAAACCUAUGGUUUAUGGAGCAAAAUAUACAAAGCUGUAAAACAAGUGCCUCUGCCAUCAUUAUCUUUAUACCAUAGUUUUCUGAUAUUUAAAGCACUGGAAUCUAAAACAUAAAAUAUUUUAACCUAAAAUUUAGAGGGGAACAAUUAAACAAUCUGUAGCAUAAUUUCUGUGUCUUCGUGCAGGUUACAGCACUGUCCUAUGUAAAACAGAUUUAUUUAUAUGUGUGUAUGUAUAUAUGCUAAUCUAGUUAUCAAAAUGUUUUGCUUUUUCCCUUCAGACAAAAGUCAGAACAUCUCCCUCAAAUCUCAAGUGGUAAGUUGAUUUUCUUUAAUGUUUGAUAUCUAGUGAAUAAUUUAUCCUGGUGAAGCACCGUGAAUACCGUAUUUACUCUAAUCUAAUGCACACAUGUAUUGGCAAAAUAAAGUCUCUAAAGUUUGAAUGCGCAUUAGGUUCGAUGAUGCAUUAGAUACGCCGGGCAUACGAUGCAAAUUCGUCUGGGCAAAAUUCACAUUCGCAUAGCUGCAAGAGAGAUGCGAGACUUGGUUUUUGUGUACAGGAAAGUUAUACCUCUUAUCUUUGUCGCAAUGCGAAUUUCGUCCAGGUCAUAGGGCGGUCCUCCCUUAUCAACCUAUAUGUUGUAUAGUAGUAUCUUCUUGUACAAAUGUGCAUGACAGUCACCCGUGAAAAAAAAUUUGGCUUUUAGGUUUCAAAAUUUGAAUGCACCUUAGAUUCGCGUAAAUAUGGUAUUUUCUUGGUUUUAUAAUUCCAUAUAUAUACAUAAGAAGAUUGUCCGUGUUCUUGAUAUUAAGUAAUUUAUCUCCAUGUUGUCGCUCUCAUCUCUCACCAUAUUCAUUCAUAGCACAUUCUCUAUCUGUUUAUAUUCUUCAUUGUCUCCCACUGCUCUGGUUAUAGCAUGAUUUCUUUUAUAUUUGUAUCUCAUUACAUCUGUUGCUAUAUUUUUAUUUUGAACAGUUAACUUCAGUGACGAACACAUUGGGGAUCCGAUCUUGGAAACGGUCCUUGAAGCUGGAGAUCUCUUGUAUUUCCCGCGAGGUUUUAUCCACCAGGGACAUUGCCUUCCUGAUGCACACUCCCUACAUAUAACGGUUUCCUCGUAUCAGAAACAUAGCUGGAUAAACCUGCUUGAAAAAGUAAGAAUGUUUUUCCUUGACGGUUAUACAUACCAUUGAACGUGGCUCUGCUGCCUGCACCCAGGGCUGCUCUGCUAAUCUUUGGCCGAGGUCUGUCGGGAGGUUGUGUAAGUGGGAGCUCUUUAUCAUUCCUGGUAUGGGACAUUUGUUUUGGUGCACACCUGUCGCUGUUAAUUGCACUGUAUAACUGCCGUUUGUGAGCAUGUUGUGACUUACAUUGCAACCCAGGGUACUAUUUUUUUUUUAUUUUUGUUUUACUGUUUACUCUUCUUCUGCUGUUAAUAUUUAUUGAGGCAAUGAUAAAGAGCUCCCCCUUCCACAACUUCCUGACAGGACAUACAGGAGUUAAAACAUAUGUUUACAGUAGCACUGUUGCAUAAGCAUAGAAGCGUAUCAACGUGUAUAUGUGUGUGUGUGUGUGUGUGUGUGUAUGUAUGUAUGUAUAUAUAUAUAUAUAUGUGUGUGUAUAUAUAUGUAUGUGUGUAUAUAUAGAUCGUUAAUACAAAGUUAAACACAAAUACACAUAUCAGUCAAGCCAUAAGACUUGCUUUUUCCACAGAAAUCUCACUUUAACAGUGCUCUCACUACCGCAAGGGAUUCUGGGUAGGCGUAUGCAAAUGAGCUCAACAAAGAACCACAUUUUUGCCACAUAAUUCCACUUUAUACGUGGAUUCCUUGGAGUAUGUGCCUGCUGUAUACAACAGCUUUGAAACACAACUCAGGAAGAGGAGCAAAGCCAGCGAACCACUCAUGGACAGCUGUUUCGUUGUUAAUGCAACUCAUCAGCACGAGGUUGGUUACUGGCUUGUUGAUCUCAUUUGCAAACACCUACCCAGAAUCCCUUGCAGUAGUGAGAGCACUGUUAACCCCUUAAGGACGGAGCCAAAUGUACACAUUGUGAACAAAACAAAAUGUAAACAAAACCUGGCAUUUGCGCUACAUGUCUGUCCAAUCGUAAUACACCUCUUUCAUAGUAAAUGCACCCACCCUUAUUAUAUAUCAUUUUAUUCAGGGGAAACAGGGCUUUCAUUUAAUAUCAAAUAUUUAGCUAUGAAACAUAAUUUAAUAUGAAAAAAUGGGAGAAAAUACGUUUUUUUUUGGUUUUUUUUGUUCUACAUGACAUUUUAACGAUCAAUGUCAUAAUACUGUUUGCUUUUACUGCAAUAAAAUACACAUAUUUAUAUUCAGUAAAGUCUCACGUGUAAGACAGUACCCCCUAUGUACAGGUUUUAUGGCAUUUUGGGAAGUUACAGGGUCAAAUAUAGCACGCUACAUUUGAAAUUGAAAUUUGCCAGAUUGGUUACGUUGCCUUUGAGACUGUAUAGUAGCCCAGGAAUGAAAUUUACACCCACAAUGGCAUACCAUUUGCAAUAGUAGACAACCCAAGGUAUUGCAAAUGUGGUAUGUCCAGUCUUUUUUAGUAGCCAUUUGGUCACAAACACUGGCCAAAGUUAGCGUUAGUAUUUGUUUGUGUGUGAAAAAUGCAAAAAUGCCAAUUUUGGCCAGUGUUUGUGACUAAGUGGCUACUAAAAAAGACUGGACAUACCCCAUUUGCAAUACCUUGGGUUGUCUUCUAUUGCAAAUGGUAUGCCAUCAUAGGGUUAAUUUUCAUUCUUGGGCUACCAUAAGGUCUCAAAGGCAACGUAACCAAUCUGGCAAAUUUUUAUGUGAAAAAAAUGAAACACAAGCCUUAUAUUUGACGCUGUAACUUUUGAAAACACCAUAAAACCUGUACAUGAGGGGUACUGUUGUACUUGGGAGACUUCGCUGAACACAAAUAUUUGUGUUUCAAAACAGUAAAAAGUAUCACAGCAAUAAUAUUGUCCGUGUAAUGCUGUUUGUGCGUGAAAAAUGCAAAAAACUUCACUUUUACUGGCGAUAUCAUCGUUGUAAUACAUUUUAUUGUUUUGAAACACUAAUAUUUGUGUUCAGCGAAGUCUCCCGAGUAGAACAGUACCCCCCCCCAUGUACAGGUUUUAUGGUGUCUCGGAAAGUUAUAGGGUUAAAUAUAGUGCUAGCAAAUUAAAUUCCUUUUACUUUCGGCAUGGGUUGUCAGGCAGGUCCCGCUAAUUGUAAUUAAUUAAGAUACCUAAUUAUGUAAAAAUAUUACAUAAAUAUAUAUGUAGAAUUAAUAUAUGUGUAUAUAUAUACGUAUGUGUAUAUAUAUGUAUAUAUCUAUAUAAUUUUUUAAAAAUAUUUUUAUUUAUAUAUAAGUAUAUAUAUAUAGUGAUAUAUACGUAUAUAUAUAUAUGUAUAUAGAUAUAUAUAUAUAUUAUUUUGUUCUACGUGUAUUUUGAUAUAUAUAUAUUAAUUUCACAAAACAGUUAGAACGAAAUAACACACAUCUAUAUAUUUUUUAAUUAUUUAUUUUUAAUUAUUUUUUUUAUUUUAUUUUUUAACGUAUUUACAUUUUAUUUUUUUUAUAUUAUAUAUAAAUAUAUAUAUAUAACAAUAAUUAUAUAUAUAUUUAAUCAGUAUCAGUCUACGUGUAAUUUGAUAUUAAUAUAUAUAUAUAUAAUUAUAUAUAUAUUAAUAGUAAAAUACACCUAGACUGUAUAUGUGUGUGUAUGUAUAUGUGUAUAUAUAUACUUAGAUCAUAUAUAUAUAAUAUAUACAUAUGAUCUAAGUAUAUAUUUAUUUUUUACACUGAUUAACUUUUUUUAAUUUUAUUUUCAGCCAGCAGGGGGACCACCUGUCAUUACAGGCAGCCCCCCUGCUGGCAAUGCUGCAGCCAGCUAUCCCCGGCCAUGUGAUUGUGGGGUCCUCGCUAGGACCCCACUCUCACACGGCCGGGGAGCACCGGAGGAGAAGGAUCUGCCGCGGGGGGGCUCCCUGGGAGUCCCCCCCACCGCGAUCGCCGGCGUGGGACCGCCGGCGACCGGGUAAGUUAACAAAAACCGGAGGGCGUACAAUUACGCCCGGCGGCGUUUAGAGCCACCUAUAAUAGGGCGUAAUUGUACGUCCUCCGGUUUUAAGGGGUUAAAGUGAGAUUUAUGUGGAAAAAGCAAGUCUUGACUGGUGUGUGUAUUUGUGUUUAGCAAUGUAUUAACUAUUCACUCACAUUAGGUGGAAGGGAUUUUCAUCCACACUUUUUUUCCCCACCACAAGGUAUGUACUUUACAAGUAAGGCCAAGCCUCCAUAGCAAGUCAGUAACCAACCUCAUGCUGAUGAGUUGCAUUAACAACAAAACAGCUGUCCAUGAGUGGUGUAAACUCCAUAAUAUGUCUGCCUCAUAUUUAAGUAAGGAACAUGCUAGGUACACUGUGUCUAUUCAAAACUAAGUACAUGCUAAAGAUCAAGAUGACCGGUAGCUGAGAGUAGUAUAAGAAACAAAUCACCACAGUGCUAGGCUUAAAAACACAAUACUAGUAGCUGGUAUAGGCAUAUACACUGAGAGGGAGUCUUAAAGAUUGAGGAGAAGAGAGUCGAGUAACAAGAGAUGUACAAAAAAUAAAAUAUAUGAAAGCAGGUAAACACAAGCAUAGUAAAACCGAGUAGAAGCCACUGGAUUCCCGCACGGGAUGCUGUGUAGCCUUCGGGCAUGGCUCCAGGAGACUGGUGGUGAUGGCACUGCAGGUAAGUCUGUCUGGGCUCAGCCCAUUUUCCCCCCUCCUGCUUGUGUACGUUAAUAUCAGAAUCCCAACAUGAAGGUGAGUCUGGUGGGUGCCAGCCCCAGGCACAACAUGAGCCUUCAACCUGUUCCCUUUGGUUCCUGCACCAUUUGGGGCCAACAAUGGGGGUCCUGGAUGUGAUGUUCUGCCCAAGCUUUAGGGCAGUGGUUCGAGAAAGAACCUCUGGGGGCUCAGAGCCCAGAAAGGCAGGCGUUGGGUCUGCUGUCUGAUUUUUAUUCUAAGGCCCCUAGGGGUUGUCUGUCUAAUGACCACAAGGGGUGUGGGAAUUGCAAAUUGUAACAGAGUUAUUAUCAAACGUGAGAAAUUAGGGUGAAUAUAGCCAAACUGGAAAAGUAUGCUCCUGGUUCAUCUAUUUUGAAUUCACCUUGCAUUCUCACUUUAAUGAACAACCAUGUAGAAGUGCAAUAUUGAGGAAACAGCAUUGUUUACAGCAACAGGGCUGCUGUGUCCCACAAUUCACCUCAUUGAGAUGAAUCGAUUGUGGUGCUAAGACUGUCCCUUUAACAUUCCUAAUAUGUUUUACAUCAUGAUUUUUGUUUUGCCUGAAUUUAUCAAUGCAUUGUUGUAGAGGUGACUUGUUCUAAGUUAUGCCUCUGGUUUUAUAUGGAACACGUUAAUUCCACCUUAUAAACUUAUGAUUGUUACUAACAUACACUGUCUUCCCCUCCAGGUCUUGCCAGCGGCCCUAAAAGUUGCUGCAGAGGAGGAUGUAGAGUUUCGUAAAGGGCUUCCUCUUGACUACAUGGAUUAUAUGGGUGUACAGAACACUGAUUUGGUAAUUGUUUAUUUUCCUUCCCGUGUGAUAAAACAUAUAUGAAUUAUCGAACUUAAAGAAUAGAUGAAAUUUAAGGGGUAUUUUUUUUUGUUCCAAAUAAAUUUGUAUAUAUGGAUUCAGGAUCCAUUGAACCCCAAAUCAUUCUAAUCUAUUUUAAUACUAAUAAAAUGGUUUUGUGUAGCUGAUCCAUCCUCUUACCCCUCAUACACUUGUCUUUAAUAAACAUGGAUGGAUUCAUUUUGUAACACGCAGUUAUAUCAUCACUUUUCAUUCACCUUAAAUUACAGUAUUUCCUCCCACGUAUUCUAUAGCCUGUAUGAAAAUAGACUUGGCUUAUAACUCUAACUGUGCAUCAUCAUUACCACAUGCAUUGCUUUUCUAGUCUAAUGUAUACAUGUAAUUUAGGGUGACUAGUGUAUCUCUUCAUUAAAGGGAUGAUCUAAGUACAAACACUGCUUUAGUUUAAUAAAGCCAUUUUGUUGUAUAAAUCAUACCCCUGCAGUUCCACUGCUCAAUUCUCUGGCAUUUAGGAGUUAAGUCACUUUAUCAAGGUAUAUAGUUGCAGUACCAGUGUGUUUGUUUCCUCUUGAUGGACAAGCCGACUGUAAAUAAGUAAAAAUAUUUAAUAGUCCCUCCUACUUCCCCUUUAAAACCCUGGACUUACCCCAGGACUGUCGCUGUUCUUUCUUGUCCCGUUCGGGACGGACACGCUGGCUGUACUUGGAGUCUGGUGAGGCAUACAGGUUGCUGUCUGGAGGAUCUGUCUGAAAAUAAACAGAGACAGGUAAAAAGUGGACUAACACUAUUGCUGUCAAAUAGAGGGGUUUUAGGGCUUUAUACAUGCCUUCUUUUUAUCAUAUUAGGUUAUUAACUCUGAUAGUCUUUUUGUGAAUUAGUUUAUUUUUCAGCUGGGUUAGACAUAGGUGCCCUCGAAGGCACGGGGGGUGGAUUGAUCGCAAUAGUGUUAGUCCACUUUUUACCUGUCUCUGUUUAUUUUCAGACAGCCUAGGACAGCCAUCGGUUACCAUCACUUCUGUAGGAAUAGUUGCAGAUUUAUAGCGUGCUUUUCUCUCUUUUUCAGCAUUAGCAUAUUAUUAUACAGUGCUUAUCUUCUUUCUCUUUAGUAAUUAUUUAUUCACCAGUUCUACUUAUAUAUUCAUUCCGUUUAUUUUCAUUGAUCAAUUGCCAAUCAGUCAUUGCAGUCGAUUACCUAAUACCUAUUGAUCAGUCAUUCGAGUCGAUUAGUUUACAUUUAUUUAUCCAGCUAUUUUAGUCAAUUACCCAACAUGUAUUGAUCAGUUACUUCAGUCGAUUACCUAACUUGCUUUGAUCAAACAGAACCCUUAGGAAUAUACCUUUAGUUAUCAUUGCUAUCAGGAAUUUAGCACGCUCUCCAGAGUCUUCAUCUUUAAAGGACCACUCUAGGCACCCAGACCACUUCAGCUUAAUGAAGUGGUCUGGGUGCCAGGUCCAGCUAGGGUUAACCCAUUUUUUUUUAUAAACAUAGCAGUUUCAGAGAAACUGCUAUGUUUAUGAAUGGGUUAAGCCUUCCCCCUAAUCCUCUAGUGGUGUCUCAUUGACAGCCACUAGAGGCGCUUGCGUGCUUCUCACUGUGAUUUUCACAGUGAGAGCACGCAUCGUCCAUAGGAAAGCAUUGUAAAUGCUUUCCUAUGCGACGGGCUGAAUGCGCGCGCAGCUCAGCCCAGGAGGAGGAGAGCUCCCCGCCCAGCGCUGGAAAAAGGUAAGUUUUUAACCCUUUCCCCCUUCCAGAGCCGGGCGGGAGGGGGUCCCUGAGGGUGGGGGCACCCUCAGGGCACUAUAGCGCCAGGAAAACGAGUAUGUUUUCCUGGCACUAUAGUGGUCCUUUAAUGAUAUAGAUCUAUCGACAUUCUUGUUUAUAUUUGAUCCUAUCAUUACUACUUUUUCUACUAUCAAACAUCAUAAAGAUUGCCGAUAGUACAUAUUACAUAUAUGUGGAUUUCACUAUUAUAUUCUAAUCCUCUAUAGAGAUUUACCAGCAAUAUACCUUUGUAUGUAUCUGAUUCCACCACUAUUAUAUAUAUAUAUAUAUAUAGAAACUAUACAAUUUCUGGCACUCUUCCCAAAUAAUAAUACAUACCAGGUGCUUCUCUGUGCAAAAUACUAUAAACAAAGCAAAAAAUGAGAGCACUCCAUGGAUUUGGUAAAUCAAAUUACUGUAUUCAAAUAGCACAAAAAAAAAAUCGACGUUUCGACCGUCUAGCGGUCUUUAUCAAGAUGCUGUCAUAUACAAAACCCUCAAAUAUAUACAUAAACGCUUGUUAAACUUACCCAAUCACCAAGUGCUCCCUGUGUGUCCAAUCUGCCAUAUGAGUGAAGCCGCAAAUUGUGGAUCGUUAUGUUAAUUGCCGUAAAGUGACGUGUGGUGAAAUCACCAUGUGUUGCCUAGAGACGGCAAAGCUGUUUAAAAACCAAAUGUCGGCAGAGAUUUAAAAUCAAUACGGAGGAUAAAUAAAAUUAUAUGUUGCAUAUGUGUUUUCAUAAAUGUCUAAGCAACUGCCUAACUGAUCGUAGGAUACUAGAGUGAGCCAGGAAUGGCUAGAAACGAUUGCUCAUAUAGGGACUCAGUUAGAAAGACUGGUGUAUUGGUAACUGUGGACCUGUGUAGCCUAAUAGAGCUAACUCAAAUACUACCUAACUCCUUAUUAAAUUGGGAACCCUAGCUGGGAAAGCCAUGUGUGUUGCCAAAUCACAAACCUAAACAAUAAGAACAGGCAUCAAUUACAGAAAUCAGGCUUUUGUAUAUGACAGCAUCUUGAUAAAGACCGCUAGACGGUCGAAACGUCGAUUUUUUUUGUGCUAUUUGAAUACAGUAAUUUGAUUUACCAAAUCCAUGGAGUGCUCUCAUUUUUUGCUUUGUUUAUAUAUAUAUAUAUAUAUAUAUUCACACACAAAUAUCUUUGUUAGUGGACACGAUAUAUAAGCGGUUUACAUUUGCAGGCUCUAUUUCUAUAUAUGUCUUAUUGUAGUCCUACCAUACAUUAUAUUCCACUAUUCUCCUAUUAGUACACCAUUAGCAUUUAUAUGUCUUUUCCAAACAGCACAGACGUGUGCUGUAGCUGAUCACGUUUGUAUCAUUCAAGACAUCAGAAUGGAUUCUAGCUUAUUACAUUGUAUCUUCUUCUGCUUUUAGUGUCACAAUAUUCUUUUCGUUGUAUCCAUUGUUGCUAUUUAAAUCUUUUUGUUGCUAUUUAUACUUAAUAAAUUCUUUUUUUGUUUUUUGACCUUCUGGUCUUUUUAUUUGUGCCCUUUAUCUUCAACUUUCUAUUAUGAAGUAUAGGCACAUGCUACUUUCUCCCAGUCUAUAGGUACACUACUUUCCAAUUUAUUAUCCAUUUUCAUUAGGGGUUACCCCCCUGCACCUAGUGUACCUUGUUUGGCUGUAUUAGAUUAGUUUACAAUGAUUUGACAGUAUGAUCUCCUUGGGCAAAAUUGUAUAAUCACGUGAAUUCUUGGCAUAUUUCAUUUCAGGAUGACCAACGCAGGGGCAUAUUUAUCCAAAAAGUUCACACAUUGAUGACGAAAUUGGCGGAUUACGCACCAGUGGAUGCUGCUGUAGACCAGAAAGCCAAAGAAUUCCUGCAUGAUUGCCUCCCUCCUGUGCUGACACCAGGUAUGCUCUGGUCAAAUCUGUGUAUCUCUUUCAAAUACCGAAAUACCUGAUGUGAAGCUAAACAGCUUAAAUACUAACAAACAUGUAUAAAGAAAAAAAUAAAUAAAACAAAGCAUUUCCAUUCAAUGGACAGACAGAAUUUGCAAUGCAAAACAACUGUGAAUUAGUAUGGCUGCAGAUGGUAGCUGGAAGGAUUGAAAAUACCAGACUUUUUUUUUACUUUAAAGUGUAUAUUAGCUGGCACAGAGCAUUAUGGCGUAGAUAUCUCGAGUUUUCCAGCUUGGCCAAUAUUGCCAUAAAUGUUCUUUUAGCAUGUUUGUAAAUACUGUAAAAGCUGUGAUGCUAUGAACCAACUGGGCUGUGGAAGUGUAUACAAUGACACUCUAUUUUCCAUCUCAUGUUAUGGUUAAUAUUACUGUAUGUUUUUCUUUGAAGCGGAAAAGUCUCACAGUGUGUAUGGAGCUCCAGUGACAUGGGAAGAUGGACGUGUCCAAGAUAAUGCUUUGCAGAUUGGCAAAGACACCAGAAUUAGGAUACUCCGUGGUGGCAUCGCGAGGUCAGGCUUAUAUUUCAGCUGUGUCUCUGUGUGUGUAGUCUGUGUGACCUUUGUGACAAGUAUAUGUAUGCACAGUGUGUGUAAAAUGUGUAUUUGUGCAAUAAUGGGGGUGUGGUAAAGUGACGAAAGGAGGAAGACCAUAAGAUGUCUACCUUGGGGCAGGGCUUAAAAUCUCAAAUCCAAUGUUACUGCACAGGUCUUAACAGUUACUCACAACCUGAAAGUUGCAUGGCAGACUCACUAAGGUGCAAACUUUUACUUGCCAGGGCUCCAUUUUCACUUGCCAGUGGCGACUUAUGGUGUUAUUGUGUUUUGGACAAUAUCUGAUUUGUUGUGUGUUUUUUUACAAAUUUACAGAUUGUGCAGUGAAGGAGACUCUUGUCUGCUGUAUUACUCAACAGACAACCCCAGAGUAUACCACCAGGAGGAGCCAAAGAGCAUUGAGAUAGACUUCGAGGUAACAUUCUUUCAUAUUGAUGGUUAACAGUAUUCUGCAUAGGAAACAUUAAGAUAUAAAAACGAUUUAUGGGAAAAAUACUGUAUAUUCUUUGGAAGUUACCAAUCUGAUGACUCUUAACCAUUUAGGGGCCAAGGAUUUUCAGAGCGUCUCUGCAUUUGAGAUUUAAACUGAGAGGUCAUUAAACACAAAGUGAUCAUGACAUGUACAUUUAGAUCUGGAGGUCACUGUGAUGGCUGCCAGUGAAAGGCAUGCAAUCGCUGGGGCUGGCUGUCCUUGAGAUCACAUGCCUUUAGGGACCUCCAGAUGGCUAUUUCCAUGUCUUACUUUUGCAAGCAACAACCAAUGUAAAUCUUUUGUCACAAAGUGCAUAAUGACAAUGGUCGUACCGUGUAUGCCUGUUAUUAAGGGGUUAAAAUAAAGGGAUCUUCAAGUAAAUUGUCUGGCAGUACAACUGUACAGCCAACCACUAAAUCAAAACAAGACUUCCAGGCUGCUGAAACUGUUUUGUUUUUGUUCGUUUUAGCACUUUUGAUACAGGGUGCCUUUGGGUAACUUUUCCCAUCAAACUACUGUGAGAUUUUGUGUGUGGGGCGAGGGGAGAGUUGUUGUUGUUAUUAUUUUUUUAUUAUUCCCUCUCACCUGCACUGUGAAUUGGCAACACAUUUACGUUUUCUACAAUAUGACAAUUAUUCUCCUCAAGCUUACUCGCAUUCAUUAUGACUGGAUGUCUACCCCAGCUCCUGUUGCAUUCGCAUACAAUGACCAUUCAUCCCCCCUUCAUAAAGGUUCAAUGAAAGUGCCAACACACAAGCACCCCAAAAAUCCUUGCACUUAUUCUACCUAACAAUACAUUUUAAUGGUAUUAUAUCGUUUAUACUUUGCGCCAUGAUAUGCGGUCCUGCAUGUCCGCCAUAUGCAUUUGGUAAAUGUAUCUGUGCAAUUGGUUAUGCCCCCAAAAAAAAAUCAAACUACAAGUCUAAAUUAAAGUGCGUGCACACACACAAUUACUUGGCAAUCUCUUUAUUUUUCUCAUCAAUACAGCAUGUGGAUGCAGUAGAAUACCUUCUCCAUUCAUAUCCACAGUACGUGGCUGUGCAAAACAUCCCCAGUGGGACGCUGGAUGAAAAGGUAUGCAAUAAUAUUUAUAUACACUUUUUUUUGUCAUGCAAGACUUAAAAUUUACAUUCCCCUACCAGGCAUCGGCGAGUAAAUUUCAGGCCUGGAUAGUAGCUUAAAACUUGACAUUUUUGUAAAAUGUCAAAUAUUGCCAUUAAGAGGUUCUGGAAACAUUUUAACUAGUGGGCCUUUGUGUGUGUGUUUUAGUAUGGUUCCAGAACAUCUUUAGCAUUAUUACUAUAAUCUGUUAUUCCGAGGUUAUCUGCUAAUUUGAAAUCCAGUUACUGUAUAAACUAGCUUUGUCUCUGUAAAUAGAUUAUUUGCGAGAUCUGUAAUCUGCAUAAAUGGAUUACUUGCGACUUUGUCCCUCUUAUAGCUGGUGAUUGAUAAUCUAUUGUGCGUCUAUUGGUUUUGUGCCAAUAUAUGUUAAUUAAUAUGUGCAUUGCAGAAAAGUAUUGUCCUUUUUAUUGCUUAAUAAAAAUAUAGAAAUCCGUAUAAUUAUAUCACGAGAAUACAACUGUGGCAGAAAAAUUGCUUCACAAAGAACCUCUGUUCCUCUCCGUCUGCUACUAUACAUGCUUUCUUUCUGUCCUUGUCCUUGUUUACCCCUGUCAUAGCAAUCAGGUCGCCUAAUAUGAUUAAUACUGUGCAAGCAUAUGAUGCCCAAAGUCUGGAUCAUAUUUUUUAUGUGUGUGUGUGAAGCUGGAGGCUUCGAGUGCUGGAUCACGGAGGACAGGUGAAGGGCAAUACACAGUCCUCACAAUACAGUACAUUAUGUCAGUGUCCUAUUUCGGCAUAUCCUGCGCUCUUCCCAGCCUUUCACCGGUUAGCUUUUAACAUAAUUUAAAACAAAAAGCUACAAACAUUUGCCGAGCUGGCAAUGCUUAACCCCUUAAGGACCAAACUUCUGGAAUAAAAGGAAUCAUGACAUGUCAAUGAAUGAUUUAUUGGAACUCAAUCGUUCACGGCAAGGAUGUGAAAAGGCAGACUUUGCAGAGCUAUAACCAAUUCAUACACAUUAGUCUGCUAAGGUUAAAUUUAAAAGUAAUGUGUCUGUGAGUUGGUAGAAAUACAGAAAGCAAUCCCAAGAGCCUGAGACAGGAAGGUCCUUUGUAUAGUUGAGAGAGAGGAUAUGUGUUACCACUUUUUUCACAAGCAGGCGAUGAGUUCCCCACUGAAGAAUGUAAAUCAAGGUUAAACUUGAUGGACUCUAGUCUGGUGAGGUACCUGUAAAAGGCAAGCUUAGAUCCCUCAACUGAUGGAGAGUAUCCCCCAAAAUUGUAACCCUGUCCCAUUGAAACUUUGCUAGAAUGUCACUUGAAGCUUUAAUAGCCUAAGGUAAACAGGAACAGCUACUGAGCUUGUUCAGAGGAUGAAAAAGUAGAAAGGAGCCACUGUGCAUUACAAGGAAACUCCUCAUUUGUAAUGGCCUUGGGUACAUCACUGAGCCUAAUAUUACAGGGACAUUUCCCUAUCUUCAAGAUUUGCCAUCUUCACUUUAAAUCGGCAAAACUCUUCUGUAGCGAAUCAAGGACGUCAUCUGUAGUAGUCUCUCACUCGGGUGUGCCAAAGUUCUUUCAACCACAGCAACAAUGCUAUACAAAAUAUAGCUUCAUUGUUAUUUUAAAUAAAUGUGCAUAAGUGGCUACUAAAGCUAUAUAUAAAAACAAAAGUGCUACAUCAACAACAUCUGCAAGACAUUUACACUCAUUCAUACGAAAAUAGCCCAACAGAGGCAGAAAAAAAACAGGUUGGAUACUGUAGUGUUAAAAAAAGGAUACUUAAAGUCAAAGCAAAUGUAGCGAAUAUAGAAAACAAUGCUGCCAGCUCCCAACAGUGGAGUAAAAUAAUAUCUGCUAGUAAAUAUACUAAUGCUAAAAAAAGAAGCUGGAUAUCCUCAGAAAGUGUAAACAACGAUGUUAGUGAUUCAAGUCCUCAGGCUAAUGGGGAACUGGACCGGUCCGAUAUUAUGGAAACUCCCCACCAUGUGGCAUAAAGAGGCACACAUGUCCAAGUGUAAAAUAAUCUUCAAGUCUACAGUAAGCGUGUCCGUGAAUAUAAUAAACUCCCAAUCUGCAGUAAGCGUAUCUGUAAAUAUAAUAAACUCCAAGCUAGCCGUGGAACAUAUCAGAUCAACCGGAGAUUUGAAGUUUGACCGAACAAGUGUGAGCAAUGCUCCCUGCCUCGCGUCUAAAACGUUUGUCCACCUUCUGCAGAUGUAUAUUAAAACCCAAUAGAAUAGAUGGAUUAAUUCUAUGUGGUAGAACACUUAUACAUUUAAAAAAUAAAAACCCAGCUGAAUGGCACAUAAAUAGUAAAAUAAUUGGCACUUUCGGUCUGUGCGUUUCGUCCGUAUCUCAGACUUUCUCAAUACCAAUUAAAUCUCCUCCCUAUCCACCACCAUAUGCUUCUGGAACAUGGGUCAGAUGUCAUGCAAUAAGCCUUAAUAUCAGCUUUUCUAAAUGAGCAUUAUACUCUAGCACUGAAGAUCUUUGUGAGCCACUGGAUACCAAAGGAAAGGCUGACAGGUAGCCCUUUAGGAUGCCUGCCGCUGAGGAUGCUCAGGAGUAAACCUCAGAAGGAUGAAACACUUGGUUCACCCUCCUGUGAAUUAAAUCUGCAUUGCCAGAAAUGUAUUGGUAAGUAUGGGGAGUACGAAGUGCCAAAUAUUGGGCGACGUAACCCCUUAAGCUAAUAAAAUAAUAAAACAUACAGAUUUUAAAGUGUCAAGGAAAGUAUUGUAUACAAUUUGUUUUUUCUUAUAUCAGACAUAAUUUAUACAUUGUUAGAUUUGUAUGGUUUAUUCAAUUUUGACCUGUUGCAUACACAUCAUUUAAGGUUCGCCCUGUACUCUGUGUAAAUUAGCCAACUUUAAAAUUAUUCGUUAUUACUCUAUCUGCAGAUCACUGUGGCCACUAUUCUGUUUGAGAAAGGACUUCUGACUACCAAAGAGAGCUUGAAUGUCACAAGAUGACCUGCAAGGAUAUCAUUGGUGAUUGAAUCCUGCUAAAACAGUUGUGCAAAAAACAAUCUGGAGAAAUUGACAUUUUCUGAGAUGAAGCCUCUACAAGGAAAACCCUUCUGUCUGAUCUUGGUUUCCAAUUCCAUCGGAGAAUCAAUUUUAACGUUUUGUUCGCUGAAGUUCCAUUCUCCUUAAUGAAGAAAUUUAUAUUACAGAAACAUUGAGAGAUUUAUGCAUAAAUGUGACUUUUUUUUGAACAUCAAAAUUGUGUUGUGUAUCGGUUUAAAUUUAUUACAUCCGUUAUUCUUUAUUACAUUUUAUUUAAAUGUAUUUACACAAUCUGAACAGAUGAUUACUUUUAUCUGUUCUUUUUGUUGUUUUGAACCUUUGCAGCUCCAAGGUUUAAAUGUGUGGUUAACAGAUUAAUCAAUAUUAAUAAAAUAAAAAAAAGGAAUAUAUAGAAAAAUGAUAAUUACAUUUACAAAUGUAGGAUAUCAAAAUUGCACUGUUUUAUUUUGUCUGCUAUAAAUUCAAGCCUUUUCAGUUUCAUUGACAAAUUGAUAACCUUAUUUCGCAGGUUGUUUGGCCAGUAGAAAAAUGCAAACAUAAAACUUUUGGACAAUGAUGAGCCUACUUUAAUGUUUUUCUUUUCUUAUUCAAAUAAACCUUUUUCUGGCACUAGGAAAAUAAACAACUUUACA